CAUGGGUGGGAGAUUUAUUCUUCUUCUUUUUCUUCUGUCCAUUUUCAGGUAAAGGGUCCAGGUAUUGGGCUUCUUGGGAAUUCCAAAGGGGGAGAACUUGGCCUUGCCAUAUCCUCUUUCCUGAAGGGCAUCACGGCUGCAGUCAUAAUCAAUGGCUCAGUGGCCGUUGUUGGGGCAAGCAUACACUACAAGGACGAGACGCUGCCCCCUGUGGGUAUCAUGAGAGAUCGAGUCAAGAUGACCAAAGAUGGCAUCAUGGAUGUUGUGGAAGCCCUGAAAAGUCCUUUGGAAGACCAGAAGAGCUUUAUUCCCGUGGAGAGGUCUGAUACCACCUUUCUGUUCCUUGUGGGUCAGGAUGACCACAACUGGAAGAGCGAGUUCUAUUCGAAUGAGGCCUCUAAACGCUUGCAGGCCCAUGGGAAGGAGAAGCCCCAGAUCAUCUGUUACCCAGAAGCAGGGCACUACAUUGAGCCCCCUUACUGGCCCCUGUGCAGGGCUGCCCAUCAUGUCUUGGUGGGUGGUCCUAUUGUCUAUGGAGGGGAACCCAGGGCUCAUGCCAUGGCCCAGCUGGAUGUGUGGGAACAACUCCAGGCUUUCUUUCACAAACACCUGGGUGGUAAGAGUUAAGGAGAGAUCUUCCAAAAAUUUAACCCAUUAUCUGAAGGUUUGGAGGAUAAGACUUGAAUAUAUUCUAAGAACACCAGUUAAGAUUAGUUCAUCUGAUUAGAGGAGUUAUUAUUAUAACUCUUCUAAGUUGCAUACUGUUCUCUUUAAAUAUUACUAUUCAAAAUAGUGUCUAUCCAAGGGCUGGGGUUGUAGCUCAAUGGUAGAGCACUUGCCUAGCAUGCACAAGGCCCUAGGUUUAAUCCCCAAUACCUCAAAAAAAAAAAAAAGUGCCUAUCCAAAAAA